AUGCGACCGAAUCAUUAUCGGCCGGGUCGGGUCUUUGACGGCCGCCCUGCUGCUCCGCGACCUCCACCUUUGCGUACAGACAUAUACCCAGAUGAUGUCCAUCAUGCUCAAUAUGACUACAGGUCCAGAUACAACCCCCGCUACGACGACCGCCGCUCGCGAUCCCCCAGGGACAGAUCCCCUGACCGACUCACCGACCGAGCAUCCCAGUACAGCGAUGGUGACCGUCGACGAACCUCGGCCGAGUCGAGGACCAACGCCUCCGCCUUCCAGUCCAACAGGGACAGCUUCCGCGAACCCUUGACAGCUCGCGAGCCCCCACGCGCCCCCAAGGCUUACCUGGACCCUCCCAGCGGCCCCCGCGGCGGCUUCUCUGGCGACUUCAGAGGAAGGGGUCGCGGGCGCGGCAGAGGCUGGCGGGAUGAUAGCCGAGACCGCGGCCGCGACAGAGACUUCAGAGACAGACGAGAUGACCCUCCACCAUUCCGAGACGACCGUAGUAGGGAACGUGAUCGAGACUGGCGAGACCGCGAAAGAGAUAGCUUUAGGGGCCGCAGACCAUCACCAGGCCCUAGACGUUCGCCACCCGGCAGAGAUUUCCGAGAUCGUGAUCUUCAGAUAGGAGUCGAGGCCGACCGAGCCAGGCGCGGAUCGAGAGAUGGAGGUCCUCUUAGCGCCGGAUCCUCAGCAUCAGACCCUCCGUUUGGUUCUCAGUCAUACCGCGGAGGUGGAUAUCGUGGCAGGGGCGGUCGGGGCCGCGGUGGCGGGGACUGGGACCGCAAUAGUCGCGGACGUCAAUUCUUUGAUGACCGACCGGAUCGCUUCAGAAGCCGGUCACAAGAAGGUCGAUGGGGCGGUGGCCCUCGUGAUCGGGAUGAACGCGACAGCCACCGCUACAUUGACGCGGACGUACGACCCCGGGAUGGCCCUAGAGACGACCGCGAACCUCCACGAGAUCUACUGCGUGAUACUCGCGAUCCGCGUGAUUCUCGCGACAACGCUGACCGCAACGUACGCCCGAAAAUCGACCGACAAGGUUCUGUGGCCACCGAGCCUAUGACCACUCCGACGAGUAAGCCGACAACACCACCACUAGCUCCCGUUGCCCCGGCUUUUGGUACUGCGCCAGUCCGUCCUACGCCCUCAUCUGACACAUCUUCUAAAGCACCACCUACGGCACCCCGUGCAUUCACUGAAGACCGUCAGGACCGGCCUGUUUCCUCCGGACAGUCCGGUGGCGACCAAUGGGCACCGCCUUCGGGACCUUCCAAUUCAAUUAGCCCCACGAUCCCAACUGGGCCACGCGGCAUGCAGCUCCAGAAAGCCCCUCGCCCGUCCAGUAAACAAUGGAUCAAUCCUGCCUUGGCUGGAGGCAAGACUAUGAAGUUACCGGAGUCUCCCAAGGUUAACCGAUCACAGAGCUUCGCAUCCCCACAGCAGUCUCGGCCCUUUGAUCCCCGACCCGACGCCUACUCGAACCGCAGAAAUGACGAGCCGCGCCGGCCUCGUAGUAGUGGCGCUGGUGCCGAGUCAGAAAGAGGUAGUGCAGACGGCAGCCUGCGUCCGUUGAGCAUUCCUGAACCUGGCGAUACAAGAAUUGAACGUGGCACACAAUCUGCGCGCGCCUCAAUCGAUCGCGACAUCCGGGCGCCAUGGAAAUUCCCCGAUAUCAAGACGGGAGGUGCCGAGACAUCAGACCGCGCUAGUGUUGCGUCCGCGAUUUCUCCGACCGCUGUCAAGACCACCAGCCCAACCAUGUCUCGCCCUGGUGAGCAGCAGGAUGAAGACGCCGCGACCGCACAGGAGGAUGGGGAAAUUAUUGAAGAUCAGCCACCCAAGAAGAAAAGUCGCCUGCACAUCAGCAGCAAGUCUUUCGAAUUGCCGCCCAAGGUAACUGAGAUACCUACCGUGGAUCAGUCUUCCGAUUCCGAUGAUGAAGACAUGAACGAUUACUUCGAUUCGGAGAUUGCCAAGGCAGAGUCUGAGCUUCAAAGGCUGGAACAUGCGAACAACGCGGUGCCGACAGAAAUUGUAAUUCGGUAUGCGCAAGUAACUCACGAGGCUCUGGUGGCGGUCGCUACAGAAAAAGGAAGUUUCAAGGAUAUGCUCGGUCCCAUACCCGAGGACGUCGUGUUGCCGACACAGAAAGAGGUUACCCCAGAGCCCGAGAAAAAUACCGCGGCGGAGCCAGUCAAGGCGGAGACGGAUCAUUUACCGCCACAACAAGACGUGAAUCAUGCAGCAGAGCCCACUGUACCCGCGGAAAGUGCCGUGAGCGAGCCUCAGCCGAAGGUGGAAGAGAUGGAUGUGGACAGCUCACAUGUGCUGAUUCCUACUGUCGAGCGGCCCGAGCCUGCGGAAGAGCAUGGAGACGUCGCUAUGGAAGAUGCGCCCAUAAACGGGCUAGAUGCGACCAUGUCUGAGGCGGGACCUCUUGUGCCAAAUGGAGUUUCAGCACACGAGGGCAACCAGGAGCACUUGUUGCCUCCCGGAGUCGCACCUCCUAUCACUGCCGAAAACAGCCCCACACCUGUUGAGGAAGAGGAGGACGAGACCGAUUUUGAGGUGGACGAUGUGACGCUUGAGCUCGUCCGGCCAACCAUGCAGACGCCACCCGUCGACGACUUGCCUUAUUUCAACGCGAAGCCUUGGACAAAAAGUAGGCAAGCCAUGAGCUCCAUGGAGCAUGACACCGAUGUUGAAGCUUUUAUCUCGCGCAUAUUGCAAGACAACAGCAUGUUCGUACGCAAUGAACAAAAGGCCAAGAAAUUGGAAUAUGCCGGGAAGUACGAGGAGUACCUGCGUUUUACUAUCUCUGACGACCCCGUCGCCAGCAAAAGUCGAGACGCCUUCAACAAAGCGAACGCACCCAUUGAUGGAGGUGGCAGCCAAGUGGCAGGCCCAGAACCAAAACCUGAAGGGCGUCGUGGCGGCAGAUUCGCAACGGACCGGGACAUAGAGCGGAUCAUGGCCCAGUCUCUGUUGGAGGCGAGAGAAAAGGAGGAGCGUGAGACGCGGGCCGAGAAGCUAAAGCAUCCCAGUACGAGUGAAGCUGUCAUCCCGGACAUGUACUGGACGAAGGAGGAUCGUGACAAGGAGCUCUUUGUCGACCGCUCCGGCUUUCUCAACCCGGAGAAACUCAUCGCGAACUGGCAGGUCCUCCCUCCUGCGGCCAACUUCACCGAGCAAGAGGCCCAGUUAUUUGAGAAGGCCUACCUUGAAUUUCCAAAGCAAUGGGGCAGGAUCGCAGACCAGAUUCCAGGACGGGAUUUCCACUCGUGCAUCCAGUACUACUACCUCAAGAAGAAAGAGCUCAACCUCAAAGAGAAGCUCAAAAGGCAGCCCAAGAAGAAGAAGAGCAGGAAAACCAAGGCUCGGUCGAGCGCACUGGUUUCGGAGCUUGGGAACCCCGAUGAGCCACAGGAUGAAAACGCGGAAACAGGUGAAAAUGGCGAGAGACGUCGGCCCCGCCGCGCGGCUGCUCCGACUUGGGACUUCGAGAAGCCCCACCCGGAGUCUGCGGAAGGUACACCCGCAGCCACGCCAGCACGGAGAGGCGCCGGAGGCAAAACGGAGAGUGGCACAGAAAAGCCGGACAAGCCACGUAGAAAACGCGCCACAAAGGAGAAGGAGCCGAAGCAACCCAAGACGCCACAGGUGCUGGCCCCAACGCCACAAGGCGUGGCCAAGGGAGCCAGGUCUCGGUCGAACUCCAAGGUCCCCGUGCCUGCGCCCGAGUUUCUACCUUCGCAGACCCCUACCGCCGAUAUGGGACGGACGCCACUGUCCUUUGAUGUCGGGCGGGCGUCGCCAAUGCCGGGUCUGCCGCCAUCAAUCGUUCCCGCACCUGGGCACGUUAUGAGCCCAGCGGACAAGGCUCUGCCAGCGACCGCUGCUCCGAACUCGAACGCAAACGCUGCGGCCUUAUCAGAUAUUAUGGCACCCCCAUCCCUGGGCCUGCGGCCUGAACCCAUACCACCUCCGCAGUCACAGGUCGCCACCUUUGAGUUCACUGGUCACGUGGGAAGCACACCACAUGUUGCAGCCGAGCCGCCGGAGCGGGUUGGUAGAGCCACCCCCUCCAAUGCGAACGCUGCAUCAAGCUACUGGAGCGUGGCCGAGAUGAACAAUUUCCCUGAGCUGCUGAGAAGCUUUGGUACGGAUUGGCAAGGAAUUGCACAGCACAUGACUACCAAAACGGCUACAAUGGUGCAGGUUAAGAACUUUUACAACAAGCAGACCGGCCGCGAGAAGCCAGAAUGGGGACAAAUUGCCUCGGAGGCUGACCAGAAGGUUCAACGAGGAGAGAAAUUGCCUGUUCCUCCAACGCCAACUGCCGGGCCGAGGAAUAAGCGAUCUGACUUCGGCACUCAUCGCCGCGCUCCUUCAGUAGAUGUGGGAGAGGACAGUGCUGCAGCCAAGGCAGAGAAGCAAAAUGCCCAACGGGAGCAAGCGAGCGUCUUCAAUGGCCGUGUCCCUGUCCCUAUUGCCCAGGCGCCUGCUCAGCAGCAAAUGCGGCAACAGCCGAUCAUUGGCCAGUCCUCAUUGUCAGAGAGGAUUGAAGGACCGGAGAGACAGGAGCGCAAGCCAUUGGUAUCCUCACAACCCGUUUCACAGGCGAUAGAGCCGGCCGGACGCCAUGCUAGGUCUUCUUCAGCGUUCCCUCCUGAGAGGGAAGCCGAGCCUCUUGUUCCGCAGUCUCAGGCAAUGCGUCAUUCGCUCAAGCCAGCGCCAAUAUCUCAAGCUGUAGAGCAGCCAACACUGCCGUCUCAGGCAGGUCCGUCUCGCGCGGGAUUCGCAGCCCCCGAGCCCGACGUUGCAGCACCUUUCAACAUGCUCGCAACUCCCAGACAGCGCAGGCCGCCUGCUGACAUACAGGCCAAGGAGGAGCCGCGCCUCAUCGAGAGACAACCACCCCGCCUUAAGCAAGAACCCGACCAAGCUGCCCAUUUCGAGCCUUUCGUUCCAUCGCAAGCACCCCGACCCACGUCCACAAAGCCUGUGCCUGUCGAUCGAAGGCCGGAGCCGCCGCGGACCACGGCGCCUCAACACCCACAGGCCUUUGCUCCUGUGUCGGCUCAUCAGAUGAUGCAGCGCGAACCGAUGAGAGAGCCAGUGAGAGAAACCAUGAGGGAGCCCAUGAGGGAACCUAUGAGGGAUUCAUUGAGGGAGCCUAUUAGGGAAACCAUAAGGGAGCAGCCAAUAAUGGCUCCUCCGGUCGAUGAGCGACGGGCCCCAAGCGUGCCGAGUCGUGUGCCGAACCUCAACAUGAUUGACACGCGUGUGCAAAACCCGAUGAUUCCGGGAGAAGGCCGUACUCCCAACUCAGCCAUGGUCGAGGAUUUGCGCCGCGUGCCAAAUCCAAACAUGGAGCCAUCCCGAGUUUCCAAUGCGAACUUCGCCGACCCAGUUCCGGCUCGCGUACCGAAUCCAAACAUGAUCGAUACCUCUGCGCCACCUCGUGUGCCCAAUCCUAACAGUAUUGAGACACCUACACGAGUGCCUAAUCAGAACAUAUUCGACAAUGCGUACGGUGCAUCUCCGUCUCGACCCUCACCUACGCCAUCUGCUAGUGUACCCCCAUCCAGACAACCCGAUCCGCCUAAGAAAUCGAACCUUUCUUGGUUGCUGAACGAUGAUCCACCGGCUCCACCGGCUCCAAAGAGGGUUGACGAAGUAGCCCGCGGCGGAGAUAUGUCAUCUAGCCCGCCUCCUCAAAUGUCCGGCCGUGGACCACCGCCUCCGGCUGCUGGUGCUCCACCACAUAUGCGAAGGGAGGAAACACCGACGUUCUCGCCAUAUUCACGCACUCCAGCGCAGUCUGCAAUGCCGGCGCUCAAGCCAUACAGCACGCCUCAUACCCAGUCGCCGCAGUUGCAACACACUGGUAUCCCUCGAUCAUCCAUUGCGUCUCCCAUCGAGGCCGCGGCUGCUGAGAGAGACUACUAUGGCCGUAAUCCAUAUGCUCCUCAGCACCAGGGCCCUUCGUCAGGAUCUCCUCACCAGCCACCUCAUCACUAUUCUUCGCCGAGCCAACAGUCACCGAUGGUGUACCCGCCGCAGUCAGCUCCAUUUCCUUUUGGUGCGCAAGUAUCUCAGCCACACGCGGCUUCUCCCACAAUGCAAUACGCGCACCCGUCAACAACUAGGAGGGAGGUAGGACGUGAUCCACGUGAGGCUCGCGACCCCCGCGACCUUCGCGAUCCUCGUGACCCUCGGGAUGGCCGUGAUCCCCGCGAUCCUCGCGAUUAUCGUGAUGUCAGGGAAUCAGUACCACCCAGUCGUGAAACAGCCUGGCCGGCUCCCCAGGGCCAGUCUCCAAGUGCAGCAAGACUUCAGCAGCAGGAAGUCUCUUGGCCGCCAUCCAAGGUGUCUCAGCCGCCUCCACCAGCUCAAUCUCCGUGGGGCUCUCAGCACGCUGCAUCAAGCAAGCUGCAGCAGAUGAGAGAAACACCCCAGCCAUCUUGGUCGGCCGCGCCUCCCCCUCAUCCGGGCCUCAGGGAGAGCAUUCAGAGAGAUCCAAGGGAUUUGAGAGACCCGAGAGACCUAAGAGACCCAAGAGAAGACCCAUAUGCCGCGCGUGCCAGCUUGAGGGAAAGCGUGCCGCCGAGAGACCUGCGCGAAGAACGCUAUAUGAUUGAGACUCAACAAAGGGCCGCGGCCGAAUCAAGAAUGUCGGCUGAUCCGCGCAUGGUCGUUGACCCCCGAGACCCACGUGUCAUGGGACACCCACAUCACCAGCAUUCUCACUCAGGAUCCAUACCUAGCCGCAUGUACGUAGCGUCUCCAGCACCAAGAGAAGUCCUUGGUGGGCCGCCUCCGGGGCCUCCCCAGUCACAGACCCCCGUGUUCCCGCGCUAUGCCACUCCCGGCCCACGCGACCCACGCGACAUGCCGGCCAGAAGUUACACGCCUGCCCCAUCGCAGCAGCAGCAACAGCAGCAGCAUCAGCAGCAGCAACAACAGGCAUACGAGAUGCACAUGCGAGAGAGAGAACGGGAAAUGCUGCAAAAUCGCGAAAUCCGUGAGAGGGAGCUGCGGGCCGCCGAGGACCUCAGGGCCAUGAGGGAGAUGCGGCCCGGCCUGCGGUCAGACGAGUACGGCAUGGACCCCAGGGCCCGCGGGCCCCCAGCGGACCUGCGACCACCGCACGAGUACGGCGCAGAAUUCCGUGGCGAGCUGAGAGGUGGUCCGCCCCCCGGGGAUCCUAGAGGGGACCCGAGGGCGGAUCCCCUGCGGCGGCAGCUGAGGCCGCAGGAUGGAUAUCCUGGAGAAAGGAGGUACUAG